UACACUUGGCUUCUAAACUCAGCUCUACACCAGCCCUGGAAGUACUCUCGAUAGUACACACAGGCACAAAGGACUUCAUCUAUUUCAGCCACCUUUAAACGAUCACACGGGAGAUCUCAGCUGACCGAAGAAGGCAUCUCACUCAGCGUCAAAAGGAGGUGUAUGUAUUCACUCUCCUAACGGGUUGGAACUUUUCUUAGAUAAAUAAUCAGGAAUAAGUCUCUUCUUCAAAAAUGUCAAAACAGCCAGCUUCAAAUGUCAGAAGCAUUCAGGCUAACAUCAACAUCCCCAUGGGCGCUCUUUUACCUGGAGCAGGUCAGCCACCUAAAAGAAAGGAAUUUACCGAACCCGAUGAGGGUCUUCCUACUCCAUCAGAAGAGGAAAAGAAAAAGAACCUCCCAGGUGCCAAGAAGCUACCAGGCCCAGCUGUUAACCUGUCAGAGAUCCAGAACAUAAAGAGUGAGCUGAAAUUUGUCCCAAGAGCUGAACAGUAACAGAAAUGAAAAGGCAAGCAGAAGGUCUGUCAAGGCACGUAUGGAGAAGCUAAAUGGAUUGUACUGAAGAAAGCUAAUUGAAAUAGUUUAUAUAUUUAUAUGAUAACUAUAAGCACCCUCCAUAAAAUAUAUUUACACCUUUA